GGCAAGAGAAGUGAGGGAGCCACAUGGAAGACACCCAGGACCUAAAUGAGCAAUCAGUAAAGAAAACGUGCCCAGAAUCAGAUGUUUCAGAGCCUCGGAAUUCCAGGUCUAUGGAAAUGCAAGACCUAGCAAGUCCUCAUGCCUUGGUUGGAGGCAGUGAUACACCCGGAAGCUCUAAGCUGGAUAAGUCCAGUCUCAGCAACACUUCCGUCACAACAAAUGGGACAGGAGGGGACAACAUGACUGUUUUAAAUACAGCAGACUGGCUGCUGAGUUGCAACACCCCCUCUUCCGCAACAACGUCUCUUCUUGCAGUCAAAACUGAGCCCUUGAACAGCAGUGAGACCACAACCACGACUGGAGAUGGAGCGCUUGACACUUUUACUGGGUCAGUAAUAACAAGUAGCGGCUACAGCCCCAGAUCGGCACAUCAGUAUUCCCCACAGCUGUACCCCUCCAAGCCCUAUCCACACAUUCUUUCUACACCAGCAGCUCAAACAAUGUCGGCCUACGCAGGCCAGACUCAGUAUUCUGGGAUGCAGCAGCCCGCCGUCUACACAGCUUACUCGCAGACAGGCCAGCCCUACAGUCUGCCUGCUUACGAUCUUGGUGUGAUGUUGCCAGCCAUCAAGACCGAGAGUGGGCUUCCCCAAACUCAGUCCCCGUUACAGAGUGGCUGCCUCAGUUACAGCCCCGGGUUCUCUACCCCACAGCCGGGCCAGACACCUUAUUCUUACCAAAUGCCAGGCUCCAGUUUUGCACCAUCUUCUACUAUUUAUGCAAAUAAUUCCGUUUCCAAUUCAACAAAUUUCAGUGGCUCACAACAGGAAUACCCAUCCUACACAGCCUUUGGCCAAAACCAAUAUGCUCAGUAUUACUCAGCGUCAACCUACGGGGCAUAUAUGCCGUCGAGCAGCACAGCUGAUGGCUCAUCAUCAUCAGCCUCAACUUACCAGCUGCAGGAAUCUCUCCCAGGACUGACAAGCCAACCAGGAGAGUUUGACACGGUACAGAGUCCCUCCACACCAAUCAAAGAUCUUGACGACAGAACAUGUAGAAGUUCUGGGUCAAAGUCUCGAGGAAGAGGCCGGAAAAACAAUCCUUCCCCACCUCCAGACAGCGACCUAGAGCGUGUGUUUGUCUGGGACUUGGAUGAAACCAUCAUCGUCUUCCAUUCUCUCCUCACGGGUUCUUAUGCACAGAAGUAUGGCAAGGAUCCCCCAAUGGCUGUGACACUUGGGCUCCGGAUGGAGGAAAUGAUCUUCAAUCUUGCUGAUACACAUUUGUUUUUUAAUGACUUAGAGGAGUGUGAUCAAGUUCAUAUAGAUGAUGUUUCCUCAGAUGACAAUGGCCAGGACUUGAGUACCUACAGUUUUGCAACUGAUGGCUUCCAUGCAGCUGCAAGUAGUGCGAACCUUUGUUUGCCAACAGGUGUGAGAGGAGGAGUGGACUGGAUGAGGAAGUUGGCUUUUCGCUACAGAAGAGUAAAGGAAUUAUAUAACACCUACAAGAACAAUGUAGGAGGACUCCUUGGCCCUGCCAAGAGGGAUGCAUGGCUGCAGUUAAGGGCAGAGAUAGAAGGCCUAACGGAUUCCUGGCUAACGAAUGCACUUAAGUCUUUAUCAAUCAUUAGCACGAGGAGUAACUGCGUAAAUGUCUUGGUAACGACGACCCAGCUGAUUCCUGCUCUGGCGAAGGUCCUGCUCUACAGCUUAGGAAGUGCUUUCCCCAUUGAGAAUAUUUACAGUGCAACAAAAAUAGGCAAGGAAAGCUGUUUUGAGCGUAUAGUGUCCAGAUUUGGCACUAACAUAACUUAUGUUGUGAUUGGAGAUGGCCGAGAUGAGGAGCAUGCUGCCAACCAGCACAACAUGCCUUUUUGGAGAAUAUCCAGCCACUCGGACCUCUUGGCUCUACACCAAGCACUGGAAUUAGAGUAUUUGUAA